UUCCUUAGAGCGUCAGGAUGAGCUACAUUGUGAGGUAAUUUGGUAGCGGGAUACCAAGAUUUGUUGGGGUUGCAUCUUCUCACAAGAAAACAGAAAAAAAUAAUAGCAGUUAGGAAACCACAUAAGCGCAGAUACAUUUUUUCAAAAGAGGACACUUUCACCUCUAGCAGCAGUAAUUUUCACAACCACCACAUUCACACGAUGAUUGGGAAUGGGUAGACGAAGCUUUCUCGCGAGAGAGCUUUUGGGAACGCAUAGAUCACACACAACACAGACAGAGCAGUACAGAAUUCGAUUCAAGAACAUAACCUGGAAAAUAAACGAGCAGAAAAGGUUUUACAUUUUGCAAACAUCAGGACAACAAAUGCAAGCUAAGGAAAUAUUUCUCAAUACAAAGUGGGGAAAGAUUGAAAACAACAACCACCAUCAGAGAGAAAAAUUUAGAGAGUCUUCGGAACUGAUGAUGAUGAAGAUGAUGAGAGAGGAACGGUUGAAUGAAAGAGAGAGAGAGAGAGAAAGCGCAAAAGCGAUGGAUGGCUUAUUGAAAGCAUCUGUUGUAUAAUUAUAUUCAAAUUGGUAUAAUAUGAGAAUGUUUCUCGAAGUUUUGACAAGCGGAUUUAUUUUCAUUCUUGAACUCUAACAAUAAUUACAUUAUUUUUUCUUUAUUCUCAAAAAAAUAUUUAUCAUCAUUUGAUUUUCUCAACAUUGUGCUCGUAUUAGGAUCGGUUUUUCUUAUUUUUCUCCUUCGGAUCAUUGGAAGAAACACAAACCUUCUGCGGCAUUCCCAUGACAAAUGUUUCGCUGCAUCUUCACAAGUUGGGCUCAAUGGGCGUAUGCUUUACGGAGCCGGCGCCAUUUUUCUCGUUUGAAUUCUUCUUACCCAGUUCUUCAGUACGUUCGUGGCUAUGCACCGUCAGGUCCCAGUUUAUCGAUGGUUGUCCCAUAAAGAUCACUAUUUUUGGCCGUCGUCAAACGAUCAUCCCAUCGACAUUUUUUUUUUUGCUUUUUGCUUCUACUGUGUGACAUUCAUUUGACACAACAACAACAACAACAAGACACAAAUCAAAACAAACGAAAUCGCGUCAUCCUCGUGCAUGAUCUUCACUUUAUUUCUGUCGCAAAUCAACAAACAUUUUUCUCUUUUCCAUUUUUACAUACGUUGAUGUAGUUUUUAGGUCACAAACAGUCCAUCUUUUUUGUUAUUUAGAGCAAGUUUUUUUUUCGUUUGAGAUAGUGUGAGUGAUGACAUUUUUUUUUGGCACGAAUGCGGCAACUUUUGGAUGUGUGUGUGUGCGAGCGUCUUCGGAUUGAGGAAAAAAAAUAAACAAAAAACAAAAAAUGAUGUACUAGAUUAGCGCCCAGAGAUUAGUUCAUUAGCUGAUAGAAAGAAGAAAAGUAAACAAAAACAAACAAAACAACUGGUUAGUAGAUUAUGAUGAUGAUGAUGAUGCUGAGAUGCGAGAAGUUAAUUCAUAGUAAAACAAUAAUUAAGCAAAAAGAGAAAAAUCGCUAUUGAACGUGGUUUUCAAUUUUUCUUUCAUAUUAAACAAAUGAUUACUAUGGUUAGUUAUUAUUUUCCUGAGACGAGAAAUCUCUUAAAAAUAUAUUUUCUGACGAUUUAUUUUUUGCUGAUAGAAUUUUCUUUAUUUUUUUUAUUACUGAAUAACUAAUGAUUAAUUUAAUGUUAAGUUAAUAGAUCCUGAUACUGAGUGGUGUGAGUGUGAAUGCAUAUGUGGGCAGCGUUUUUGACGGAGCGAAAAUCGCUGCAUGAUGUGAAUGAAGUAAAAAAAAAAAUACACAAAAGUAAGAAAUUAUUUAGUAGUGUAAGAGUGCAAGCGAGAGACUUCCGGGUAGAACGGAAAGAGGAAAAAAAACAUAAACUUCUGAUGAAAUGAAAAGGAAAAGGAAACCGAAAGGUUAGAAUUAAAGAUAAACAAAAGAAACGGAAGGAGAAUAAGUAAAAAAAAACGCAUUGAAUAAGAUACAAGUUUGAUCGUAAGUUUAGCUAACACGGACACACUUAUCUCUCAAUGUAAAUAUUAACGGAAGAAGUAAAAAAAUACCCUAGACAACAACAGCAGCAGCAAAAACAAACACAAUUACACACACACACACACUCAGAGAAACCCAUUCGGUUCCGGCCCGUAAAUUUGGAAGCCCAAUGCGUGUUUCGUCGCCGCGCGGUCCCCCAUUCGGGGGGCCCCGAAUCCAGUUUUCUUUGAGAGUUUGACAGGUCGAAUGCUGAAAACAAACUGAAAAAUGAACAAAAAAUAUACUUAUAAAUAAAGGAAAACACGCAUUAUAAACAAAUUAUUACAAAAAAAGAAAAGUAAAUAAUUAACAAGUAAGUUUUAGUGAAAAUAAACAUCCAGAUAAAUUAAAACAAAAGUAAACAUAGCGGGAUGCGAAGAGGAAGAGUCAGAUGAGCAAAAAAAAAAAAUCACACACAAACUCAUAAAAAAAAAACAUGGUGGAACUCUUGAAUUCUUGCACUCGAAAAAGAAACAUCAGCAACAACAACAACACGCUGUUGAUCCCCAAGUAUUUAAAUACACACACGCAUACAAAAGAAACGGUGAAAAAAGACACAUACGAGUCGUUUGAUACCGAAAACGACUACACAUUUGAGAAAAAAAUAAUAAUUGCAGCAGAAACUAUUAAGCGACCGGUAGAGAACUGAACAAAUCACAAAAAAAACAAUGCUAAGAAUAAACUCAAAAAAACAACAUGAUAAAAACUGAUACACAAAAAAACGCAGACGAAAGAUAGAACGAGAGAGAGAGAGAGGAAAAUCGAACAAUACUACAUAAGAAAAUGAGAAAGACAAACGUAAAAGAAUACACUCAUACACACUUACACAAACACACACACACACACAAACUUACACACAUGAAGUAAGAAGCAGAAACACACUCACACUCAAAUACAUAGCAACACAAUGCAGACAACAACAACAACAACAGCAACAUCAACAACAACAAGAAGAAGAAGCAAAAACAAAACAUCUCGAUCCCCCCUUCUUUUGUAUAUGUAAUACUGUACGUACGUUAAACACAUGUAAUUUUACUGAAGACAAAAUAAAAUGAAAUUAAUUGAAAAAAAAACCUAA